UUUCAUGUAUGUAACACAUUUAUUGUUGUGAGAGAUAGAGAGAGAGAGGGGUAACAAUGAGCAUAAUGAGGAAUUUCUUGAAUAUGAUAAUUCUUCUUUGUGUAUGUCUUAAUUGGUGUUUUACUGAAGGAGCUGAGAAAAGAGAGAGUGGAAAGGUACUUGACUCUUACACCAUUCAAGUCAGCUCUCUUUUUCCUUCAUCAUCAUCUUGUGUCCCUUCUUCAAAAGUAUCUAAUACCAAGUCAUCGCUGCGCGUGGUGCACAUGCAUGGUGCGUGCUCCCAUCUUAGCAGCAACAAAGAUGCGAGACUCGACCAUGACGAAAUCCUCAGACGUGAUGAAGCACGCGUGGAGUCCAUCCACUCGAAACUGUCAAAGAAUAUUGCAGAUGAAGUCAGCAAAGCCAAAUCAACGAAGCUACCAGCCAAAAAUGGAAUCAUACUCGGUUCACCAAACUACAUCGUAACAAUCGGAAUUGGGACACCGAAGCACGAUAUAUCGCUUAUGUUCGACACUGGAAGCGAUUUGACAUGGACUCAAUGCGAGCCAUGUCUUGGAAGUUGCUAUUCACAAAAGGAACCAAAAUUUAACCCUUCUUCAUCUUCUUCUUACCACAACGUCUCGUGCUCAUCUCCAAUGUGUGGAAACCCCGAAAGUUGUUCGGCUUCCAAUUGCCUAUACGGAAUCGGUUACGGUGAUGGAUCGGUUACCGUCGGAUUCCUAGCCAAGGAGAAGUUUACCUUAACAAACUCUGAUGUCUUGGACGAUAUUUACUUUGGUUGCGGUGAAAAUAACAAAGGAGUUUUCAUCGGUUCUGCUGGCAUUCUUGGCCUUGGCCCUGGCAAAUUCUCAUUUCCGUUACAAACAACGACGACCUACAACAAUAUCUUCUCCUACUGCUGUGGAUGUCGGAUUCACACACUCAAGUAUUUUUGUUAAGUGGGAAAGUUUAUUCUUGAGGGACAAAAAUGAAUAUAUAAAAA